AUGGAGGCGGCUCGAAGAGCUCUUGACCAGCACAUUGAGGGAGAGAUAGAUUCCGAAGUGUUGCAGACCGUGGCCACUGCCUUCGACCUAGAUCAUGAGCAACUGGCUCAGUCGAUGUAUGCGAGGAAUCACCGCCUUAGCUACUCGAAGCCAACGACACCACCAGGAUUGGGAGCCGACCAAAGCGAAAUGGAGUUUGCAAGAAGACCCGUGACGGCAACUAUGCCAGGAGGAGUGACCGUAAAGCCAGCAGUCCCCCGGCCGGCGAAUCCACUUCUGCCGAGGAGCUCCUCCUCAAUCUCCCCGGUCCAGAGAGGUGGAUUGUCGCUCUUUCCCAAGGGGUCAGGCGGUCGAAACAGUCUCGUGAAACCAGCAUCGGAGCAGAUGCCGGAGGGCAGAGCAGGAGCCACGUUCGGAGAAGCCCUCGGAGACAGCACACAAGUCCAGAGCGCAGACCGCAUCAUUCACGCCAUCGACGGUCUGAGAAGAGCACAGGAUAACGACAAAAACCUCACGAAAGGGACCUUGAGUUCUAUCAAAGAGGCGGAGAAGAUGGACAUCUUCCUGGCACGAGGCUGUGGUACCCUGACCGUUGAACUCGCACCGGGAGUGUACGGGAAGGAACUUUUCCACGCGGGGAAAAGGGUGGCAAAUCACGCUCGCCAUAUGCUGCACUUGAUCAAAUGGCCGGUGCUGAUGACCAACAGGGUCCUACUUGGCAUCGCUGGUCUGUGGUGGGGUGGCAAAGACACCUAUACCUUGCACGCAAGUGACUGCGUUACCGCUCGGUCCGAGCAGUUGGACAGUUGGAAUCCGUCCUCCGACAACAAGACCGAAAAUCGCAUGAGACCACCAGGAGUCUUCAACACUUGGCUCAGGUACGCGGAAAACUCAGUUCGCGUGUUUGGAUCCUGCUAUGGUACAGAGCAUAUCCAAGAAAGGCUCGAUUGUCUCCAAGCCCUGAAGGAGGCCCAUAAAAAAGAUGAGCAUGCCUUCCCAGCUGCCUACUGCAUCGAGCUCUUUGAGGAACUUGUCGCGGCUUGGUGCGAAGAACUGCGAGAAAGCAGAAGGAAACUCUGCUCUCUGCUGGGGACCGAAAAUCCACGGCUUGAAGACCUGAAGCUGCUAGCUUUGGCGCCGGGAGCGGAUGGGCAAGCAAACUUCCAGUUUCCAAGCAUAUGGGAUCUGGGCGACCCGAACGGAUAUUACCAGACAGUUGUGGUACCCAGGCAGCAAAGGCAAAUGUCGAGGCUGCUCCACAAGCAGCUGCACGACCACAACCUCAAGCAGAAGAAGACAGCUGGUCCAGCUGAAGAUGAAGAGCCAAGGACAGGGAAAGCCCCAAAGCUUAACCUGAAAGACAAAGAGGCCGAUGGAUAUGCGGGCGGCAGCAUGAAAUCAGCCUACCCAGCUGGAAAACGGCUUACACAAGGAGAAGCUUCACGGUCCGUGGAGCACGCACCUAAGGAUCCCAAGACCAACAAACCUAUCUGCUGGGAUGCGGCCACACACAUGGGAUGCACAAGAGGCGACAAGUGCCAGCACGCGCACGAGCCUUUGCCGGGAUUGGCCAAACUUGACUACACAGUUGCCAUGCAGGUCAAACUUGACUACACAGUUGCCAUGCAGGUCAUUCGAAGAGGAGGACUCAAAGGUGGGCCGAAAAUCGAUCCCAAAGAGGUCGACGGAAGGGUCGCUCAGCUGCGAACCCAGGCAGCGGCGGAUAAGGCCGACAAGAUCCAACCUAGCAAGAAAGCGAAAGUCAAGCCCAAGCCAAAGGCCAAAGCUGGGAAGGAAGCUGAGGGUAAAGCUGAAGAAGACAAGGCGGUUCAGGGCCCAGAUGAGGGCUGGCUGCGAAUACCCUCACAACCCACUGAGCAAGAAGCCGCUCCGGCUUGGGAUGACCAGAGCCAAGAGGAGCGGGAAAGGCUGAAACGAUGGAAGUCGCUGGAGGAGAAAGGGGUUCUGGCGGCCUUGGAGUCGCCCACGGAUUAUCUUAGGUCCCAUGUGAUUGCACGCAUGAUGGCAGCACAAGAUGAAGGAUAUGAACUGGAGCUGAACCGGUGUCUCGAAGAUGCGGCAGAACAUGGACAUCCCGCGCUCUCUAAGGAAGCCGGACGUCAACUUGAGCUCCUCAAGCACGAGCCAAAAGCGGGUCACCAAGCGGAUGUCGAAUUUACGCCCAUCACAUGGGACGAGGGUAUUGGUCAUGGCCUGUUGAACUUUCAAGGAAACUUGUCGCAUAUCGGCUCAGUCACGGUCCGUGACUACCAGGAUCGCUUGAACGCAAAAGACAGCGAGGUCCCACUGCAAAACGGGCAGUUGGAAGAAGAGCGCCAAUGCCUGCCUCUUCAUGUGGGUGUCGGGUUAGCGUUGGCCGAUGAUCCAUUUGUAGAACUACGAGAGGCCGUAGCCAGAGCCAACCAGUUGAGAAAACAUCUCUGGGAUGAAGCAGUGGAGGCUCACGCACACCUUGGCGAUCCGCCCGCGUGGAUACCUGAGGGCGAGCACUUCUUGCGUCAAAACAUCCAUGAUUGCCUCUAUCCUCACCACGAGAAAGACUACCGCGCCUUGCAAACCCUCACAGGAUCCAUGCUGACUGCAGACAAGGUCACCAGGGAACUUCAGGUUGAACAUUGGAGGGUGAUCUUGGACCAGAGCAAAGUGGAGGAUCAGAUGGUUCCAGCCAAGUCCCCCGCCUGCACAAGAUGCCAGCAACAGCAGCAAAGGCCUUAUCGUGUUGGUGAAGGAUUCCCGUUGCCACCGGCUUCAUUUGAGUCCUGCUUGCAGGAUGAUCCACAGGCUCUUCAAAACAGCGGUGUGCCUCUGCGAAAAAGGCUCGCCUUCGCCUAUGGGCCAAUUGGUCAAGAGGUGUACGCUGGAUGGGCAGGAUGGACCAAGGGGCUUCAGUACCAGGGGAUCCCGUGCGGAGAACCCAUUGAAUACUAUGAGGACCCGAUCGAGCAAAAGGGCUUUAAGCCGCAGCAUGAUACCCGUGACCCGAAGGUCCGAGAACGAUUGCUGGGAUUAGCUGGUGCUCCACCAGGGCCCGAUGUCCCCAACACUUGGCAGCUUGGAAUCGUUUGUACUUCCUUCUGCGACCACCAGCUGAAGAACGGUGGCAGCAGGACCUGGCAACGCCCACAAGGCGACGGCACUCGUCCCUCUGAAGUUCAAGGAAAUGAAGACGCAGAGUUCGCAGCCGAACUUUGUACGGUUCUGGCGGACAACGGAAGAGUCUUCGCAUUGGAGAGUAGCGCGCCGUCGGGCCGCUACCCCAAGAUAUGGGACCUGCCUUGUAUGCAGAGGCUCCGCCGCCGCACCGGCGCAAAAAUUGUCUCUAUGGCUAUGUGCGCUUGGGGUCUGGGACCGCCUGAGACUGAGGAGGGCCUGUUUCAUCGCAAGCAUUCUUGGUGGCUGGUCUCCCCAGAACUCUACCCAUGGGCCUUGUUAUUUCUUGGUAGGCAGUGCCCAGGAGUCGGCCCGACUCACCAGCACGCACCCUUGAAGGGACCCAGUCCAAUUCCUCAAGUACCUCUCACUCGACUGGCACAGCAAUACGCACCAGCUUUGUGUGCAGCCUGGGGUCUGGUAGUCCGAGCAGCCUUUGAAGAAUGGAGCUGGACAACAUAUCUGCAAGAGCACAGCGUGCUCAAAGCCCUAGAGAAAUGUUGGACCGAACUGGACGCACCCCCUUGGCCGGCUGAUCCAGCCAAUACGUUGGAGCGAACCCUUGGCCAACAUUUGGCACCGGUGGUUGCUGGCCAAGCGGAUGGACCAGGCCUCCCACAUGGCUACACCUGUUCAGGAUGCGAACUCCAACAGAUGGUCUACCCUUGUACGUUUUGUGGGGGGGAGGGGUCUGUUUCCGAUCCCGAAAAGCAAGCUGAGGGGCAGGGCACAAGGGCAGGCAGCGUCGACGACGCCAAUGGCCAAAGCACUGCUGAGAAAUACUUGGAGGUAUGCCAGAGUGCUUACAGCAAGGAGGCAGUGAGAAAAGCCACAGAGGCAGGAAAUGCGUUGUUGAGGGCCGCCGGCUCGGUGCCAAGAGCAGCUGAAUUAGUCAACAAAGCGAGGCUGAGGAAGUAUGGGGAACACUUCCAGAAGGCAAAGGAAGGAGCAUUGAAAGGGCUCAGCCCCCUACACGAGCAAUACUUGAAAGACUGUGUGCUCAAGGGCGUGCCCAGCCGAGCUAAGAGUACCCCCAAGAGAGAGAAGGCCCGAAACCACGGCUCCGUCAGGGGGCACGAGGAAGAGAUGCUGCAGAAGGCAUGGAAAGACGCAUCUUAUGGGGCGGUACUUCUGUGUUCCACAGAGACCGAGGACCAAGAAGAAAAUCGGCAAAUCGACCAGAUACUGACCGAGAGCAAGGUGGCCGAGAGCCCUCUCGGCCGAGUGCCCAAGCAAAACCCCGACAGAACCAUCUCAGCGGAAGGUCGUCCCAUCAACGAUAUGCGAGCCAGGAAUGCUUCGGGCUCCAAAUACGACCACCCACCCGCCGCUCAGCCUAGGGCUUUCAAGUGGCACUUCCUCAAGCCGGGCGAUGUCCCUGAAUUCUGCACGAGGAUUCUAGGUGUGCUGAUCCUGAGUCUGGUGAUGGUGUUCGGUUGGGUAGGAGCGCCAGGGGAGUUCGUGAUAUGGGCCACCGCAGCCCAAAAGCACCACGGGUCGUUCCGACCAUGCCAUCCUCAAUUCAACGAUGUGGUUCCCUACACCAGCCGAUGGCUGAUGGAUGACGGCGUGGUGGUAGAGCCACUAGUGGGGAAUAGGAUCCAGAGAUCCCUGUCAGCAAUGGAUGCAGCUAUGGUAUCAGUCUGGGGCCCUGGAGCCAUCAAUCUCGACAAGCUCGCCGAAGAAGGCACCCCGGCAAAAUCCCAGCUCCUGUGGGGCCUCCACCUAGACUUUGAAGAACAGGUUGUGGUCCUCCCGGAACCGAAGCGAAUAAAGGCGAAGUAUCUCCUAAGAGGACAGCGCAGUAUUGGGCCGUCUCCGCUCCCGGAGAUUGCACCCUAUCUACCAGUCUUUUACAGGCUCCUGCAGCAGGAAGUAGGCGAUCAUGAAUGGGUGAAACCCAGGGGCUCCGAGAGUGAGCUAGAGGCUGCCUGGGCUGAGUUCUGGGAUGCGCUCGAUUGGGUUCGCCUCCAGAUGGAAAAGCCUUGGGGAACCAGUUUCAGAGCAGCUUUCGGCAAGCUCCUGCCGUUAAGGGAAAGGCUCGCACUCCCUGGCAUGGCCGCUUCGGCCCGAUUCGUUGGAGGAGAUGCCACGCUAACCAGGCUCGGAAGCACUGAUUGGAAGGAUAGAUGCUACCACAUGGCGGACAGCAGCAGAUACGUCAGGGCCGUGAGCGAAGUCGUAGGGGGCGGAGAUCACUUGGAGAUCAUCGGAGUGAUGGAGCUUCUGACGUUCAUUGUCCUGGCAGCGGCGCGGAAGGAAACCUGGCAGGGGCAACUGAUCCUUUAUGUGACUGACAACAUGAAUGUCAAAGCAUGGUUACGUACCAGGCGCGCUUCAAACAGAUACGUGAGGGCGCUCUUGCUGCUGCUCCAGCGGCUCGAAGCGGAGAAUAGCUUCACUGUCGAUGGAGCGUACGUCCGUACCUACCACAAUACUCUCAACGACUGGCUGACAAGGGAGGAUGAAGACAAGGUCCAUGCGGAAAUGGAAAGCAGUGGCUGGACCCGCCUCGAGCUCAAUGAGGACUGGGAAGGACUCCUGCGAGAAGCCAUGCGCCCCACGUUGAAGCUACCAGGGGAGAAGGGCCCGAGUGCAGCUUUAGCCAUUCAGCUGGCCAACGAACAGCAAACCGUGCAUGCCUUCCCCGCCAAGAUCGAACCAAAGCCAUUCAAAGGGGGACUCCACCAAAUCCGGCUAGGGUCGGAACUACUGACGUUCGAGCUGGGGUGGGCCAAGGGCGGAGGAUCGAUCGCAAGCCAGGCGCAAGCUGACUGGAUCGUCUGUGUUCUCACUCAAGACCCAAAAGGGCGGGAGGCAGACAUCCUUCUAAAAACCCUCGCCAGAACUGAUUGGAGAGGACGACUUAUCGUUGACCAGCCCAGGGAGCUCUCUGAAACCAGCCGAAAUCGCCUGAUGCAGCUUCAGGUUCAAUGGGGUCAGGCACAAGUGGUCGACUAUCAGACUUCACACCACGGCAGCUUCUUUGCCAGGGCCAGAAGACUUUGGCUUUUUGGAGGAACGGCCGACGAAAAGGAGAGAGUUCAAGCAUGGCGAGUUGCACAAGUCAACGAGUGUCAGAUGUUACCUCUGCGAUCCGCAGAGGAGUCAGGUAAGGGAUUAUGCCCGCCCGACUACCUUUUCACGAGAGAACCAAACCUCAUCACCACCGGAGACAAGUGGCUUCCAAAACCAGUCGGCCACUUGGUUGACGUGCGCGCCGGCAGCAGGCACCUGGUCCAUAGCACACGGGGCCCAGCUUGCGGACCUAGGCUCACAGGUGAGCGUCUCAAGAUCCCAGGAGGCACCCUGUUGGAAGAUGGGACGGGUCUGGUCCGUCCUCUCCUCCCAGAAGAGGUGUGGGAAAUGCAAGGGGGCCUCGCAGAGGAUUGGCGUUCCGCCGACUCGAAGAGAAAGGAUCGCAUGAUAGCAGCUGCAGUCCGGGAGCCAGGCUGGCAAGUGGCUAUGAGUCUCAUGCAGGCUCUGACUGGAACCGAUGGGAAGGCAGGAGUCCUGGACCCCGAUGAGAUCCAAGCCCACGAGCAACUAGAGGUCUGGCUGCGAGCGUGGGGGAGGAACCCGAAGGCUCCCUCUUCCGAGCUUUUCCUUACUUCGUGGAAAGAGCCACGUGUGGCAGUGGCACCCACUCAUGAGUUCGUGGGAGCGACAACCCAGGCGAAAGCAGGCGGAGGCAAACGCACCACCGUGAAGCCAGCACUCAGUGAAGUGGAGAGGCUGGUCCAGCCCGCAUCCAAAAGAGGCGGGACUACUGGGACCCCCCGCCCCCGAGGAGGGAGCACAGCAGAGCUUGACCAGGUAGCCAUGGAAGCUGUCUUGGCCAAACUGGCUGAUUCAACUCGCAGGGUCUAUGCAUCAGGCUGGAAGCAAUGGGCGUUGUACAAUGCCAGCUCGGGCACUCACCCGUUCCUUGACGGAGAAGAGCGCUCCGCUCGGACUGAAGACGAGCAGAGGUUGAUUCGGUUUGUAGUAUUUCUACAUCAAGUCAUGGGAAGGUCCAUAGGUGGGGUCAGACAAAGGUUGUCAGCCAUUCGUUAUGCACAUGUUGCGGCAGGAUACCCUGAUCCACUGGUCGGGCGACCUCGGUUGUGGGCAGCGGUUGCGGGUCUACAACGUUGGGAAGGCGCCCCAAAACGAAAGCUCCCUGUUACCCCCAACAUGUUGCGAUGGUUGGUCCAGCACUUGAAAAGUAGCGGUUUAUCAGUUGUCGAUCAAACCAUGAUCAAAGGAGCCCUUCUUACAGGUUGGUUUUUCAUGAUGCGGGCCAGUGAACUCUUGCCCAGUAUCAAUGGAGAAGACCCCAUGAAUAGGGCGCUCCGCCCAGCUGAUGUUGCUUUCUUUUCGCAUGGGCAGCCUACCAUAGGCGCCAAGGCCGAUGAAGUCGUAGUGCAGAUUAGAUCUUCAAAAACCGAUCAGUAUGGUAGGGGCCAAACACGGUCACACCACCGCUCCGGUGGAGAUCUCUGCCCUGUUGAAGCCUUAGCCGCGCUACAGGUCCUACAGCCCCAUCGGUGGCGCAGCCCUGAAGACGAGGCGCCUUUGUUCCGCUAUGAAGACGGGACGGGGCUUGACAGAGAGGGCAUCACCCAUUUCAUCAAGAUAGCUGCAUUGGCCGCCGGGUUUCCUGGCGAACUCGCUGGUUCACACUCACUACGUAAGGGGGGAGCCACUGCAUUUUUCGCAAGUACUGGGGACUUAGAAAGGCUUAAGAGGUACGGUGGUUGGUCAUCCGAUGCUGUUCAUGCUUACCUUUAUGAAGAUCAUACCGCUCAGAAAGGGAUUUCAGAAGGAAUGUUGGGUACCAGCCUCAUUACACUCCCCAGCCAAAAAGACCCCGGGGUCCGUAGGCAUCCAGCGGUUGUUCCAACUGAACCCCAAGAGUCCUAUCCUGGUUUAUUGGGGGUCCCUCAAGAUGAGUUAUUCCAUAACAGUCAUGGAGGAUCAAACCCUUUUAGCAGCCCAGUUGCCACGAAGCGAACAUCCAGAGCUCCUCGAGGCUCAAACACCAAUCGUGCAUUUUCGUGGGCACCAGAUCGUAAGGUAUCGUUUGCAGUGAAGGCUGGUGCUAUGGAUGCUACUGAUGAAAGUGCCGAUGGGGGACGAAAGCCAGCAGCUCCAGAUCGAGCCAAUGCAGCGAACCUCUUUGUAGCAGCUCACCCAGGACUAGAUCUUUAUCAAUUCCUGGGUGUUCCACCCGGUGCGACUCCAGCUCAGGUGCUCACCGCAUAUCGUCGCAGGUCCCGUGAGACUCAUCCAGACCGCUUUGCAACUGCUGGGGAAGAUGUCCAGAAAGCCAAAGGAGAGGAGUUUAAGAUGUUGGGAAUGGUCCGAGAGAUCCUCUUGGAUCCACUGAUGGCCACUCAAUACAUGAGGUGGAGACAAGAGCAAAUUGCUGCAAAGCAUGGGCGAGGCCGUUCCCCAGUUGUUCCAGCUGGUGUCUAUGCCAAGCAAGCUUCAUCAUUCCAACAAGCCAGAUCAAGUUUUGAUCGGUCCUCCACUCCUGCUGGCGCAGGAGCCAGCAGCUCGGGAGGAGCAGGCCGGGAGGGAUAUCCUGGAGGAGGAGCGCAAGGAGGACCGCCCCCAGCCAAAGCCCCUCCUGCUCCAGCAGGGACCGCGCAAAAGCCAAGGAAACCUCCACCGCCCGCGAAUCCGCCUACUCCGAGCUCAAGUGCGAAGCCAAGGAAAGCACCGCCACCAAGAAAUGAUGAUGGGAGGCCCAGAGGACCUACCACCCCACCAAUGCAAAAAAUGGCACCCACGCAAGCUAUUCCAAAGGGAGCACCGCCAACACCGGCCAAGCAUUUCCCCAGGGCGACCCAACCAUACACUGGAGGGGGCAUGGUGGACGAUUUGCGAGUUCCUCGCAUCGCACUGGCAGAUGCAGGGGUGAAACGAUCAGACGCUCCGUCUGAGUCUUGGUGGUCAGAGACGUCAUCCAGAUAUAGGGCCCCUUCGAGCUGGUUGGAGCCCGGGUCUGAGCCUUGGGUCGAAGAUGACCUUCCACCGGAGAGCACCGUCCCAGACAACGAGGAUGACUAUGUGUAUGUUGAGGUGGAAGCUGAAGACGAUGACAUGGACAUCCUCCAAGACCACCAAUUCGAUGAAGAAGAUUGGGACGAGCCGGCAUGGGAAGAGCUCCCUGAGGAGGGGACCGGGUCUGAGCAAGUCUUCCAAACCUUCGAUCAAGCCGUGAUGCAAGGACUGCUCCAGUUCAUGGAUUUCGUGAACAGAGGACGGGCCAAGAUGCUGAUUGAAGGUGCUCCACCUAUGACUUCUGUCCCAAAAGAGGUCCGGGAGGCAUGUUUGGGAGACCAUCCGGGGCUUCUAAAAAUGCAUCCCAGCGCAAAAGCAUGGCUAAUGGCAGGGACGAAAGGUGUCGAAUUCAAGAAGCCACCACCUCCUAAGCCUCCCAUGCUUUCGGCUCCCCCAAAGGUGGCUCCGCCGCCACUUCCAAAGCCAGCUCAUCCAGAACAGGUACCUGAGCCAAAGGAGCCGCCGAAAGCCCUAGCCCCCAAACCAGUUCCUCCAGUGCUGAUGCAGAAGACACCAGCACCAAAGAAGCCCCCUCCGCCACUGCCAGCAGCCAACUAUGCCAUGCCGGCAAGAGCUAUGGGACUCGGUUCAGGCGCAACAGCAUCAUCUUCUGAGGGCGCUCCGCCCACUGAGGUGAACCACUUUGGGUUUGACGAGUCUGAAGUCGACUAUGGUGAUGACGAUGAUCGAACCCCUGAGGAGAAGGCAGAAGAUGAGGAGCUGCUCGAGAAGACCAAGACGAAAGUGGAAGCUUUCCUGCGAGCACCCCCAGAGAUGAGGAAGACGCUUCGCUCCCAAGCAUGGAAGCAGUGCAAGAGCAAACUGGAGGAGCUCAACUUUGAGUUCAGCACUCGUCCACUGCCCGAAAUGCACCCAGGCAAAUUCGAGAAGGAUCUCAAGGAUGGCUUCACCUAUGCGGAGGCCAAACAACGCCAAAAGGGCCGGCAACGGGCCGCCCGACAUCAGCGAGCCUUGGCUGAAAUGGAGGGUGCCUCCUUUGAGGAUUUCCCGAAAUCCUGGUCACAUGGGUAUUCCAAGCAAGUCCUGAAGCCGGGUUUCCUCGAAGAGAAGAACAAGGAGCGGGCCCGCCGAAAAGCUACAAAGGCCAACUAUCGAUCCGAUAGAUCACGCAGCACUCCACCACCUCGCCAGUCAGCUGCUCCAGCUGCUGCAUCCAACCAGGCUGAAGCUGAAAGCACGGCCAACUGGGAAGCAGGAAGUCAAUGGCACGACUGGCAAGCGAGACGCAGCAGUGAGUGGCAACGGCAUCAACCAGAUGUCACACAACGGAGAGAUGCAAAUGCCGCAGACGAUGACGACUGGGGCAACUGGACCAGAGAUGGGCAACGAGGCAGCAACCAAGAUGGCUGGUCCAGCUAUGACUAUGGAAACCAUCAGGAUCGACAGUGGAACCAGUGA